GUCAACGUUUACGAGUAGUUCAAACCCGUCGACGUCUACUGCGCUAGUUCCUUUUGGAGCUUCCAGUGGGGCAGUGCUGCCUUUUGUGGCUUCCACUGAGAUCGCGCCAAUCUGGGACUACGGACAGUCGCCCAACCUCACCAAGGCAAUCGUGUCAAACUUGCCUGAUUACUGGGCGAAGUGGGACGGAUGGCCCGAUCAAUGGGGCCCCGUGGGGCACGAAGUCUAUGUGAGGAUUGGAAAGUCCCAUACGCCUUAUGGUGUAGGCAAGCAGCUUUGGUUACGGCUCAUGGUAAUUCAUUUCUACGGCUUUUCUCGGUCUUUUUUCUCAUAAAGAUCUCCUUCAUGAGAGGACGAGCUGAGAAAGUGAUAUCAUGUGAGCGCUAAUGUGGGACUUGUAUCAGCGUGGGGAGCACCCAAUCCUACCGUCGGGCGCUGCGGAGAUGUUCAAGAUCAUACAACAAAACCCAGCCUGGUGGACGGAGGCUGAGGGUUACAAGAAAGACGCGAAUCUGCACGCUGUCGCAAUGGUA